AUGCUCCGAGUCCUGCAGAGGGAAGAACAGGCAAGUGUUCUUGCUGGAAAGACAAGUGAAAGUGAAGUCGCUCAGUCGUGUCCGACUCUUUGCGACCCCAUGGACUGUAGCCCACCCCGCUCCUCCGUCCAUGGGUUUUUCCAUGUAAGAACACUGGAGUGGGUUGCCAUUUCCUUCUCCAGAGGAUCUUCCCAACCCAGGGAUCUUGGAGAGAAAAGAGAUUUCUACAUAAGAUCCCCAAGUUCCAAACCACAGGCAGUAACGCUGAAGGCUUGGUGGCCUCAUAGUUACGCAGGAGGCAGGGACAGAGUUAGCACGUGGAUGGCAGAAGAACUAAAACAGCUGAGAACUAACAUAUCCAGGAGACUGGGAACACUUGCUAAUCAGCAAUAA